AUGAAUUUAAGUAAGUGGAUGUCAUGGCGAAAGCGCAAUUUUUUCAGGAGGAAACGGAAGCCUGAAAUAAUUCUUGACGUUGAUGAACAUGACUUGGUGCAGAAAAAAACAUUCACCAAAUGGAUAAAUGCACAGUUCUCAAAGGUGGGCAAAACAACCAUCAAGGACAUGUUCUCUGACCUGAGGGAUGGCAGGAAACUGCUGGACCUGUUGGAGGGACUCACUGGCAACAUCCUGACCAAAGAGCGAGGCUCCACCAGAGUGCACGCGCUCAACAAUGUCAACAAAGUACUUCAAGUUCUGCAUCAGAAUAAUGUGGAUUUGGUAAACAUUGGCGGGACCGACAUUGUGGAUGGAAACCACAAGCUGACUUUGGGCCUCAUUUGGAGUAUUAUUCUUCACUGGCAGGUGAAAGACAUCAUGAAAGGUGUCAUGUCCAGCCUCCAACAAACCAACAGCGAAAAGAUUUUGCUCAGCUGGGUGCGCCAGUCUACUCGCGCUUACCCGGAGGUCAACGUGCUGAACUUCACCACCAGCUGGGCCGACGGUCUGGCUCUCAACGCCAUCCUGCACCACUUCAGGCCUAAUGCAUUCAUUUGGGAUGAUGUGGUCCAAAUGAGGCCUGUUGAGCGACUGGAGCACGCCUUCACUGUAGCCAAAGACCAGCUGGCUAUUGAGAGGCUACUGGAUCCCGAAGAUGUGGCAGUGCAGUUACCAGACAAGAAGUCUAUACUUUUAUACGUGACGUCACUGUUCGCGGCGUUACCCAAAGACGUCAGCAUGGAAUCCAUUCGAGAAGUGGAGACGCUACCGCGCAGAUUUAAAGCAGAGGCAGAAGAUUCGGGUCCGGGUCUUCAUGCACAGCAAAGGAACUCGGGCAACAGCCCCCGACCGGAGACCCCCGACGCACUGACGGAAGAGGAGAUGGAAGGCGUCGUCCUCGAGGCCGACUUGGACACCUACCAGACCACCUUGGAGGAGGUACUGACCUGGCUGCUGUCAGCCGAGGAUGCCUUGCAAAUCCAGGACGAGGUGUCGGACGAUGUGGAGGAUGUUAAAGAGCAGUUUCAUACACACGAGGCCUUCAUGAUGGAGCUGACGGCUCACCAGAGCAGCGUGGGCAACGUGCUGCAAGCCGGUAAUCAACUGAUCGCCCAGGGCAGCUUGUCAGAAGAGGUGGAGGAUGAAAUACGGGAGCAGAUGAGCCUGCUGAAUUCCCGCUGGGAGAGCCUACGCGUGGCUAGCAUGGACCGCCAGGCCAGGCUCCACGAAGUCCUGAUGGAACUCCAGCAGCAGCAGCUUCAGCAGCUUUCUGAUUGGCUGAGUCAGACUGAAGAUCGCAUCAGAAAAAUUGAAACUGAGUCGGCGGCUAAAGACUUAGAUGACUACAAGGACCGCAUCGAGCAGCAUAAAGAGCUUCAGAACGACCUGGAGGCGGAGCAAGUGAAAGUAAACUCCCUGACGCACAUGGUGGUUGUGGUGGACGAGAACAGCGGUGAGAGCGCCACUGCGGCCCUGGAGGAGCAGCUACAAUCUCUGGGUGAGCGCUGGGCAGCUGUUUGUCGCUGGACAGAGGAGAGGUGGCACAAGCUACAGGAUGUCUUCCUGGUGUGGCAGCAGCUGGUCUCGGAUCAGACUUUAUUCAGAACGUGGUUGGAAGAACGAGAAGAGGCAUUGAGUGAAGUUCAGACAAGCAGUUUUAAGAAUCCGAGUGAAAUUAACACUAAAGUGCGGCAGUUAGCGAUUCUCAAGGAGGAUAUGGAAAAAAAGAAGAAGACACUGGACCAACUGACCGACGCCGGACAGGAUGUGAUGUCAUUGUUACGGAGCGGCGAGGCCGGAGCAAUCAUCGAGGCGGACACUGAAGAUUUGGCCCAUCGAUGGGACAACCUAGUGCAGAGGCUGGAGGACUGCUCCUUCCAGGUAAUGGAAGCAGUGACUGACGCUGGGAUGACUCAGGUGGAUGAACAAGUCGUCAUGAAGCCAGUUGCAGUGUCCGGCGCCACUGACGAGGAGUUGGCUCCACCUGCCCCUCCCAAGAAACGAUUGGUGGAGACCGAUGUAGAAGUCAGAAGAUUGUUUGAAAAUAAACUUUCCGACCAACUCAGCUGGAUCAAAAAGUGGAAGAAGUCUACUGAAUCUAUAGCCACCACGCAACCGGACACUACAACCGAUACUCAGGAGCUGCAGGAAAAGUUGAAGGCUCAAGAGGUGGAACUUAAAGCAAAAAAACCUGCUAUCGAUCAAGUGAUCCAGGAAGGUCGAGGCUUGAUGGAACAAUUGGAGAGAGAGGGCGUGCAUGUGGAUUCGGUGCGGGCAGAUGUAGAUCUGAUUCAAACUGAAUUGGACACGUGCGCGAGGGAGCAGCAGGCGGCCCGCGACCGAGUUGACGCGCGAACUCGGUUCACGGCACUGUCUGCUGAUCUGGCCGGACUGGAUCGGGUCUUGGAUGAGCUGGACGGAUGGCUGGACUCCACUUGUGUUGUAGAAAAGUGCGACAUUGGCCAACUGAGGAACCUGAGUGAAGAAUGUCAGUCCCGGCUGGUCCCUUUCAGUGCGUUGAGUACGCAGUUGGAACAGAUUCGUGCAGAUGCGGAGAUGCUUCCGUCGUUAAAGGACAACAUGGUGGCGGUUUCUGCUCAUCACGGCUCCACACGACAGCGACUACUGAGCAAACAGCAAGAGGCCAACCAAGCUCUGGAGGCCAUCCAGGCACGAUCUCUUCUGGUGGAAGGCCUAGAGGCCAGGCUUUCUGCUCUGAGACGAGGAGUCAACGACAUUGCUGCAACUGAGGCAGCAGUGCAGCGAGCUCAGGGUUUGUGUCUUGAUAUUGAACAAACACAGCAAGCCUCCCAUCCCGCAGAGCAACAAAGAUGGACUCAACUGUCCACGAAAGCUCGGGAGGAGAUGGCCGGUCUUAAGUGCAUUUUGGGAAACAUGAAGGACAAUCAGGUGCGGACGGCGGAGGUGGAGCGCUGGUUGGAGGCGGUUCAGGAGCUUUUGUCCCGGGAUGCGAGAAGGUCAAGUGACGCACACAGCUUAGAGGAAGAAUUGAGUCACUGCAAGGAAUAUGUGAAUGAGAUGGACUCCGUGCAAGGUGCCUUGAAGCUGAUGGAUGAGAAUGUGAGAGCCGUGCAGGCGGCUGCAGUACCGGGGUUGGCCGAGUGGGGGCAGCAGGCGGCGGAAGACCUCCGGAGUCAAGUGGAUUCCCUUUCAAAACAGUUGCUGAGCUUACAGGAUCGUUUGUUAGAAAGUCAGGAGAAGCAGGUGAAUUUGAAGAAAGACUUGGCCGAGAUGCAAGAAUGGAUGGCUCAAGUGGACGAGGAGUUCCUAAUGAGGGACUUCGAGUACAAGAGUCCUGAGGAGCUCGAGACCGCGCUGGAGGAAAUGAAGAGGGCUAAAGAGGAUGUGCUACAGAAGGAGGUGAAAGUGAAGAUCCUGAAGGACAGCAUCAACACGUUGGUCGCCAGAACAGCGCCGACUGGUGGUGGUGGCUUGACAUCACAGCUGGAGGGCGUUCUGGGUAACUACCAGAAGCUUUGCGACCGCCUCAAGAGCAAGUGCCACACCUUGGAGGAGGUGUGGUCGUGUUGGAUGGAGCUGCUGCAGUAUCUGGACAUGGAGCAGUGUUGGCUAAACACGUUAGAGGAAAAGCUGCAAGCUACGGAAAGUCUGCCGGAGAGCACUGAAGUGUUUCAUGAUGCGCUUGAGAGUUUGGAGACCGUUCUCCGUCACCCGGCGGACAACCGCACACAAAUCCGAGAGCUGGGUCAGACGCUGAUCGACGGCGGCAUCCUGGACGAGCUCAUCGGCGAGAAACUUGAAGCCUUCAAUUCCCGCUAUGAGCACCUCAGUCAGCAGGCUGUCAACAAGCAAAUGGGCCUGGAGCAGCAGCUGACCACGUUGAAGGAGAAUGAACAAGCGCUCCAAACUCUCCAGGAGUCUCUUAGUCAGUUGGACCACACGCUCACUUCCUACCUUACAGACCGCAUUGAUGCCUUUCAGCUUCCCCAGGAGGCGCAGAACAUAGCGGCAGAAAUCGCAACACAUGAAGUGACAGUGGAGGAAAUGCGGAGAAGGAACGUGGCCAAUUUGCCACCCCCGGCCACCGAUGGCAAAGGUGCCAAAGGUGGAACCAUGCUGGACCAGCUUCAGAGAAAGCUCAGAGAGAUUUCCACAAAGUACCAACUGUUCCAGAAGCCUGCUAACUUUGAGCAGCGCAUGUUGGACUGUAAGAGGGUUCUAGAUGGCGCCAAGGCUGAGUUGCACGUUCUGGAUGUCAGGGAUUUGGACCCUGAGAAAAUCCAGUCCCACCUCAACGGCUGCAUGAAACUGUACAAGCUGCUGAGCGAGGUGAAACUAGAAGUGGAGACGGUGAUUAAAACAGGUCGGCAAAUUGUGCAAAAACAACAGACGGAGAACCCCAAGGCCAUGGACGAGCAGCUGACUGCUCUCAAACUGCUUUACAACGAUCUAGGAGCGCAGGUCACGGAGGGCAAACAGGACUUGGAAAAAGCCUUGUCGUUGUCACAAAAAUUCCAUAAGGAGAGCGCCACCCUGCAGGAGUGGCUGACAACCAGCGAAGCAGGGCUGCAGCAGAAAAACAACAGUGGAGACAUGCCGGCAGACAUUGACGCGGAGAUUGGUUGGGCUAAUGGCCUUUUGAAGGAGUCUGAACGUCGCAAGGUGGAUUUAUCCAGUCUGAUGGAGACAAGUGGCGGGCUGCAGACAUUGGUUGAGGGCAGCGAAAAGCAGUUGGAGGACAAACUCUGCGGCCUUAACGAGUCUUGGGGCCAAGUGCGCACGUGGAUUGAGGAUUGGCUCAGUGCUGUGCUGAGUCACCAGAAUGAGGUGGAAAUCUUCGAUGAAAACCUGGCACACAUAAGCACGUGGCUCUACCAGACUCAGAUACACCUAGAUGAGGCGGAGCGACUGGAGCCAGGAGAGCGCGAGAAGGUGGUCAAGAACAUGCUUGAAGAGCUGGAAGACGUCGGGUUGCGCGUGGACAACGUGCGGGACCAGGCCGUCAUUCUGAUGACCAGUCGGGGGACCGCCUGCCGAGAUGUCGUGGAGCCUAAAUUAGCUGAGCUCAACUGCAACUUUGACAAAGUUUCACAGCACAUUAAAACCGCCCAGAUGAUGACCAGCUUGGAGUCAGUAGGUGUGGACGUGAAACAGCAAGUGCCUCAGCAGGAUGUCAUUCCCAACCUGGAGACGUCAGUGGAGACUCAGACUGAAGCACUCCACCCCAGUGACCUGCAGGAAUUUCAGGCUGAGCUUCAGGAGACCCUCAGGACUCUGCAGCAGGACCCUGCGAAUAUCCCAGAUGAUGACAAGAUGGACGAGGAGAAAGCCAGCGUUGAAAACCUGCUGAGACGAGGAGAAGAUCUUCUCCAGCAAACGUCUGAUGAGGUCCAGCGAGAGGAAUUGAGACUCUUGCUGCUUAGACUUCAGAACCAGUACUCCUCGCACAGGGAGUUGAGGGUGUUGAGAAGCAGACAGCUCGACGUAGAAUCGUCUUCCCACAUGAUAACGCAGCAGAUAAAAGACUUGCCGCCUGAGGAUGGGAAGUCGGUGGUGGACCACGGCCGAGCCCUGACUCCGUCCAGCUACCAGCUGGAUAUUAACAAAGUGCUGCUGGCCAUGGCUGACAAUGAGCUGCUGCUCAACUCCUCUGAGCUCAGCGGCGGACUGUAUGAAGACUUCUCCAGCCAGGAGGACACACUCAAGACCAUCAGCGAAAACCUGGAACGGCUAGGCGAGCGGGUGGCCGGAAUCCAUCAGCGCCACCCGGACGUCAUCCAGCACGCAUCACCUGCCGAGGUCUCCCAGACGGAGGAUGCCCUCUCGCAGCUCAAUGCCGAUUGGGACCGCAUCAACCGCAUGUACAACCAGCGAAAAGGGAGCUUUGACCGGGCCAUUGAGGAAUGGAGGCACUUCCACUGCGACAUGAAUGACAUGAACCAAUGGCUGACUGACACUGAGAGGCUGCUGUCGGACGGCGUCAGCCCUGAGGGACAGUUGGACCUGGACACGGCGCGGCGUCACCAAGAGGAGUUAGAAGAAGGUCUUGCUAGCCACCAGGCGGUUCUGGCCGACCUCACCCGCACAGGAGAGCGAAUCACCAGCCAGUUGUCGUCACCCGACGGCCCUCUGCUGGAAGAAAAGCUCCACGCCUUGAGUCGGCGCUGGAAGGCAGCGAACCGUCAGGUUGCGGAUCGACAACGCAGGCUGGCUGCAGAGGAUCCGGCCCUUGCCGACCUGUUGAGGAGAAGCGAGGGUUUGGCUUCGUGGCUGCAACAAGCGGAAAAUGCCUUUGUCACACUUCCUGUCUCCUCCACUGACCAGAACCUCAAAGAACUUAAGACCUUGGCAACAGAGAUGGACGCGCAGAAUGAACACUUGGGUUGGCUAAACAAACAUGCGCCGCAGAUCCUGGCCAGUCCCGGCGUGAGUCCACAGAGCAGAGAUGAACACGUGGGCAAACUCAGAGCUAUUAACCUUAAUUGGAGUAAGGUGACCCACGAGUUGCUAGACAAAGUGGGCCAAGUGGAGGCCGAUCUGCAAAGUCACGCCCAUUUCCGCGACAAAAUGAACCGGCUCACAGACUGGGUGGUCAUCACGCAUCAGACCAUCACAAAUCGAGGUCUGAGUCCUGGGCAAGCGCAGGCUUUGGAAGUCUCCAUGAAAGACAGGAAGAAAGACUUAGAAGACCUCUUGUCCCACUCCAUCGAGCUCCAGAGACGCCAGCAGCUUUCACCUCAUGAAAAGGGCAAGGUGGAGCAGCUGGCAGCCGAUUGGAAAGUUCUGGAUGGCCGGCUGAGGGAGUCUCUGCAGGCGCACGUCUCCCCGUGGACGUCGCACCACGCUCGGGUUGUGGAGCAUCAGCAACUUGUGGCAGUGUCUUCAGUCCCCUCAGCUGUCCAGAUGGCCAGCCUGGCAAGCGAAGACCCUCAUCACCAGACCCCGCACACACCUGAAUCCGUGGCACCCACCGACUUAAACGAGACGGCGACAGAGUUGGCCGACUGGCUGGUCCUCAUCACACAGAUGCUGAAGUCCAACAUUGUCACAGUGGGCGACAUCGAGGAGAUCAGGACCACCAUGGCGCGGCUUCAGGUAACCAAAAGAGACCUGGAGCAGCGUCAUCCUCAGUUGGAAGACAUUUUCACCCUUGCGCAGAACAUCAAAAACAAGACGUCCAACCUGGAUGUGCGCACGUCCAUCACAGAGAAACUGGAGAAGGUGCGUGGCCAGUGGGACAACACACAGCACGGCGUUGUGGCGCGACUUCAACAACUAGACAGCAUGAUCGGCCAUAGUGACCAAUGGGAGGGUCAGCGUCGGGAAGUGCAGGCUCUAAUUGGACACAAAGAAGGAUGGUUCCACAAUAUGCUGCAGCAGUCCAGAGAGUCCAGAGACCCACUGACAGUUCAGCUGGCUGAUAGCAAGACUUUUUUGCAAGAGCUGAAUCGAGGCCAAGCCGCAGUGGCGGCUUUCAACGACUUGUCGGCCCAUCUUCUGCGCGAGUACUCCAACGACGACACCCGGCGGGUGAAAGAAGUCACCGACGCGCACAACGCCGCCUGGAACAACCUCAACAACAGGGCAAACGACUACCACGGCCAGCUGGACUUUGAGCUCAAAGGUCUACAGGCAUCCCUCAGGGAGCUGGAAGCCUUCCUCAAGUGGCUCCAGGAGGCCGAGACCACCGUAAAUGUGCUGUCAGAUGCCUCCCAUAGAGAAGACCUAUCGCAGGAUUCCACCCGUGUCAAGGAGCUCAGACGACAGCUGGAGGACAUCCAGGCUGAAAUCGACGCCCACAAUGACAUUUACAAGAGCGUGGACGGCAACAAGUCCAAAAUGGUCAAAGCUCUGGGAAGCUCCGACGAGGCAGUGUUCCUUCAGCACCGGCUGGAUGACAUGAACCAACGCUGGAGCGACCUCAAGGCCAAAUCGGCAAACAUCCGCGCCCACCUGGAAGCAAGUGCCGAGCGCUGGUCCCGCCUGCUGGGUCUCCUGGAGGAGCUGUGGCGCUGGAUCUGCAUGCAGGACGAGGAGCUGGCCAAACAGAUGCCUGUCGGUGGAGACGUGCCCACCCUGCUGCAGCAGCAGAACCACUGCACGAUGCUGCAAUCGGAACUGAAAGAACGCGAGCAGCUGGUGAUCAGCACUUUGGAGCAAGCUCGCCUGUUUCUAGCUGAGCAGCCUAUCGAAGGUCCGGGUGAACCGCGCAAGAACCUGCAGCCCAAGACAGACCUCAGCCCAGAGCAGAAAGCCCGCGGACUGGCCCGGGCCAUCCGCAAGCAGACGGGCGAAGUGAGGGAGCGCUGGGAGCGUCUGCGGGGCCAUGCGGGAGGCUGGCAGAAUCAGGUGGAGCAAGCCCUAGAGCGAUUGCAAGAGCUCCAGAGCUCCAUGGACCAGCUUGAUCUGCAGCUGACUCGGGCAGAGGACGCCAAGUCCGGCUGGCAGCCUGUGGGCGACCUGCUCAUCGACUCUUUGCAAGACCACAUUGACAAGACAGUGGCAUUCCGAGAAGAAAUCAGCCCGCUGCGUCAAGACGUCCAGCUAGUAAAUGAGCUUUCUGCCGAGCUGACUCCACUGGACAUCCAGCUGUCCUCCACCGCCUCCAGGCAGCUGGACCAGCUCAACAUGAGGUGGAAGCUACUUCAGGUGGCAGUGGAGGACCGACUGAAACUACUCCAGGAAGCCCACAGAGACUUUGGCCCGUCCUCGCAACAUUUCUUAUCCACGUCUGUGCAGCUCCCCUGGCAACGGGCGGUUUCUCAAAAUAAAGUUCCAUAUUACAUCAACCACCAGACGCAAACGACCUGCUGGGACCAUCCCAAGAUGACGGAACUCUACCAAUCACUUGCGGACUUGAACAAUGUGAGAUUCUCUGCGUACCGCACUGCCAUGAAGAUCCGCCGACUGCAGAAAGCACUUUGCUUGGACCUGCUGGAUCUGAGCGUGGCCCAGAACACUUUCGGGCAGCACAAGCUGACCAACAACAACCAGUUGAUGUCCGUUCCGGAUGUCAUCAACUGCCUGACGUCCAUCUACGAUGGCCUGGAGCAGGAACACAAAGACUUGGUCAACGUGCCGCUCUGUGUCGACAUGUGUCUCAACUGGCUGCUUAACGUCUACGACACUGGUCGCAGCGGGAAGAUCCGCGUCAUGUCCAUGAAGAUUGGCUUGCUUUCUCUCUGCAAGGGACACCUCGAGGAGAAAUACAAAUACCUCUUCAGUCAGGCGGCGUCAGCGGGGGACACGUGUGACCAGCGGCAGCUUGGCCUUCUCCUUCACGAGGCCAUCCAGAUCCCCAAACAGCUUGGCGAAGUAGCCGCCUUCGGGGGCUCCAACAUUGAGCCCAGCGUGCGAAGCUGCUUCCAGCACGCCACCAACAAGGUAGAGCUGGAGCCUCGACAGUUUGUGGACUGGAUGCGUCUGGAACCUCAAUCCAUGGUUUGGCUCCCCGUCCUGCACCGAGUGGCCGCCGCCGAGACGGCAAAACAUCAGGCCAAGUGCAACAUCUGCAAAGAGUGUCCUAUUGUAGGCUUCAGGUAUCGCAGUUUGAAGCAUUUCAACUACGACGUGUGUCAGAGCUGCUUCUUCUCCGGGCGAACUGCCAAGGGCCACAAACUCAACUAUCCCAUGGUGGAGUACUGCACGCCGACAACUUCAGGCGAGGACAUGCGAGACUUUACCAAGGUGCUGAAGAACAAAUUCCGCUCCAAGAAGUACUUCGCCAAGCAUCCUCGACUAGGAUACUUACCUGUCCAGACCGUCCUCGAGGGUGACAAUAUGGAAACGUGA